GUGCUCUCUACUCCUCCCAUUUGUAAAUGCCUGAGAAAGGAAGCUUAUCAUUCAUCUUGUUUGAGUUCAUUUGUCCACGACGAGAUCACUCACCAUUGAAGAGCUAAGACUUUGCCUGCUUCCCACUUGCUGCAGCUUCUGUACAGGACGGCUAUGAAAGCAUCCGGGUGCAUUGCAGAAAUGUAAGGUUUUGUCUUCUCCCUGGUAAACAGGAAGAACUGAUCCUAUAGUUAAAGCUCUGGACUGAGACUCUGCACAUUUAGGUUCUCUCUUGCCCCAGGGGAUGUUGUCCUAGGGGAUCUUGGAUGGCUGAUCUCAUUCUCAAAUCCACUACCUACAGUGACCAGAAAUGGAGAAAAAUAUGGGACCCAUUUUUGGAAUAAUAAAAAAAGACUGCUGGACAAGAAUGGAGAGAAGAUAAGGAGAGAACAGUCUAGUCUGGCCAUACUUGAGGGCUCAGGACAUGGUCAUCUUUCAAAUGAAUGGAGAAAUCAGGUAUGGCUUUCAAGAUAUCCAGAAUGUUUAUUUUCCUUAUAGCAGUUGCAUCUUUUUUGUGUGUCUGUUUUUACACCACCCUCAACUGGAGUGAUAUCUGCAUAUUCUGCCCAAAGGGUGAAGUGGUUACAUCAUUGACUUAUUUUAAAAAAAAGACUGAAAAGUUCCUGCAGUUGCCAGAUACGGACUGCAGUAAGAAUCCUCCAUUCCUAGUACUGCUUGUGACAUCAUCAUGUGACCAGAAAGAAGCUAGGAUGGCUAUUCGUCAAACGUGGGGGAAGGAGAGACUAGUUGCUAGGAAACGAAUUCUAACAUUUUUCCUCCUUGGAACCACUGAGAAUCAAUAUGAGCAAACUGAGGUUCUCGCUGAAAGCCAGGCAUACAAAGAUAUUAUCCAGAAGGGUUUUAUAGAUACAUAUUAUAAUUUGACUUUGAAAACAAUGAUGGGAAUGGAAUGGGUUCACAAAUUCUGUCAACAGUCCAGUUUUGUUAUGAAAACUGAUUCAGACGUAUUUGUCAAUGUCUUUUACUUGACUGAACUUCUUUUAAGAAAGAACAGAAGCUCUAACUUUUUUACAGGGUUUUUAAAAAUGAAUGAGCGCCCAAUACGACAGGUGUUUAGUAAGUGGUAUGUGAGUAAAUAUGAAUAUCCUGGAAGCACUUAUCCUCCAUUUUGUUCAGGAACUGGUUAUGUUUUUUCUACUGAUGUUGCUAGUCAGGUUCUUAAUAUUUCAGAAAGCAUUCCCUUUAUUAAACUAGAGGAUGUUUACAUAGGACUGUGCCUAGCCAAACUACAAAUCAAAUUGGAGGAACUUAAUUCAAAACAGACAUUCUUUCCAAUCAAGCUUCAGUUCUCACUUUGUCACUUUGUGACUUGCCACUACAUUACACCUCGUGAACAGCAGGACUAUUGGUCUCAGUUAGAGAAAUCAGUAGAUAAUAUGCCCAGCUGCUUGACAUAGCUGAAACAAGAAACUAACACACAAAAAUCCAGAGGGCCAGUCUUUACCCAGGCAAAACUCUCCCUGAAAUCAGGACAUGGACCCAUUCACUGAAGAAGACAUUAAAUAUUUCUGUUAGCAUUUUUGUUAUCACCAUACCUGUCUAGGAAUGUGAAAAUCUCCAUCUCACACUUUGUAAUUUUGCUUUUCUUUAUUUGCAAGCACUUUGUUUUCUUUCAGGUUUUAAGUCAAUGUGACUGUUCUGCUCUGUCUGUCUGCACACCGGCAUCACCAGCAACAGGUCCAAGAAUGACUAGUGAUAUUGUAUAUAGACGAAUAAGCAGAUAUUUGAUAGAUAAUUUGUGUGUGUUUGAGGGUGGGUGGUGGGGGUUAAAAAUGUUUACAGGCCAAAAGGAUAUUCCCACAUUUCCUGACAGGCCACAUUCCUGCAAUAGACUUGUAUAGAACACUACUGAAAUCCACAAGGCUUUGCUCAGAUUCAAGGAUAUGCCUAUGCAAAGCUCAUUGCAAGACCUUAGCCUUUGGUACGGUGGGUUAUCUCAAGAGCCUUUAAGGACACCAGAUUUGCUUUCUAGGUACACUUCAUACCGAAUAUCAAGCACAUAGAGCCUUUUCCAAAGUCCGGUGGAGAUAGUCCCACUUACUUCUAUUGACUUGGAUUUGUUCUAGAAAGGAUUUUAUGAAUCCAUGGAUCACUGUCACAGCUAUCGCUUUCUGAGCAUUGUACCAUAUUUUCUCAUGUAUAACCUAUUCUUGAAUAUAAUGUACACCCUGUUUUUUAAAAGGUAGUAUGUAGAAAAAAGGGUCUAGGGACCUGAGCCUACUGCCAGCCCUGGGUGCUGGUUGGGACCCAUGGGGACCAAUCCAGCACGGUGGGUUUGGGGCUAUGUACCAGGUCUGAUCCCACGUGGUAGGUCUGGGACUGUGUGACAGGCCUGAUCUGACACAAUGGGUCUGAAUCCAUGUGGCAGGUCUGGGACUGCACAGCCUGAGGGCAUAGCCAGUUUGGGACUGCAUAGACAUGUGCCAUGUCCAACCCCACACGCUGUCUCUGGGGCUGAAUGCCGACUAUGCCCUGUCUCUGGAGCCACAUGCUAGGUCCAACCUAGAACAUGGUCCAAGAGCCAGUGCAAGGUCCCAGACUCAGCAUGCCAACUCCAACCCAGCACAUGGCUUCAUAAUCAGCGUGCGAGGCACCAUCUAGCAUACCAGGCCCAGAGCUGUAUGCUAGGUUGUACUUAAUGCACUGGCUUUGGCCAUGGACCAGCCCUGUGCACAGGCUGAAUCUGGUAUGUGGAUGGGGAGAGUGGCUCCCCAUGGCUCUGGAAAUCUGGUGAUGUGGGGUGGGGAGCAGUGGCAUGUUAAUUAUCUUGGUACCCAAAGCUACAGCACUUAAUGCUCCCACCACUCCUUUCCCACCCCCCAGCCAAAUUUCUGGAUCCCUAAGGCUCUCUUUUCCUUGCACAUAAUGUGCACCCCAAUUUUCCCCAGUUUGUUUUUUUGGGGGGUGGGGGGAAAGGUGUAGGUUAUAUGUGAGAAAAUAUGAUAAUUUUGUAACAUGGUUUAUUGGAACUGAAUUAUGAUCGCUUUAAAUGAAUGAGACAAUGUAUUAUAAACAUCUUCCUUCCUGUCAUAAAUUCAGGGAGGAGCAAAAAAAUUUUGCUGUAAUCAAACAUGCCCGCUUAAUGUUACAGACCAAGAGCCUGAUUCUCUGUUUUUUUUAGUAUCCAGUGUUUCUAGAGAUCCAUGGGAGCUUUUGAUGUACAAUGAACAUAGGACUGAGCCCUUAAAGUAAAUGCAACUGAUAAAUAAAGUGAAAAUGUAGAGGGUAAAUUCUGUAGUCACAACAUUUGCAAAAUUCCCACUGAUUUAUGGAGAAGUAUGUUCCAUCAUGGCUAACAUAUAACUGAUAGACUCCAACCUAUCAGUUUUAUUUACAAAUAUAUACCACAACCCAAGGCUAUAUUAAAUUGAUGUUUUACUAGAAGUACUUUGAAAUCUCAUAAAUACAAUAUUCUGAUACAGUUAUAUGAACCAGUAUGAUGCAUUUUGCUGUAAGUGACUAGUUAUUGUAGCUUGGGGCCCCAAUUCAUCUAGAUGCUUAAAUAUGUGCCUGACUUCAAACAUGAUAGUUUUACUGAAAUCAGUGGAAUUACUCCUGCUCAAAGUUAGGUGUAUGCUCCAGGGUUUAGAUUUGGGGCCUGGAAAAAUAGUUAUUGACUACAUUUACUGUGUAUUUUCUGUAAGGGAAAGUUACAAGGCUAAAAUGAACAUGAAAUUUCCAAUAUUUCAACAAUUCCAACAUCAGUUUCAUGGCAUUGAGCUUAAGGUAGAAGAAUAAGUAUACCUUAUCACAUAGUUCUCUCUGAAGGUGAGCAUAAGUAUCUCUAGAUCUGGGAAGUGAUAAUGAUAACUGUAAUAACAGGAACAAGAACAAUGAUUUGUUCACUUCUGGUGCAGUGCAAUGUGGAGUGUCCUUAAUUUGCAUAUCACAGGAUGAGCAAAUCCUUUCUGUUUGUUCAGCAUCAGGGAACACACCCCAGCUAUAUCUGAAGUUAUUUUGCUGGUCGUCUCAGUGGGGGAGGUAGAUCAGGGUCCUUAAGCCAAGCUUCAUUUUUUUCACCACUUUUCUUAACUGUCCUUCUCAAUGUAAAGAAUUUCUAGGGCUGUCAUAGGACAUAAAUACACAAGCUGUGCAUGAUGCCAAUGUAAAGAUUAAAGACACUGGGAAGGUUCUGUGCUGUGCUUCUGCAGAGGCCAGAAGAAAGAAGGAGAUAGGUGGCUCAAAAUGGCUAAAACUGGCAUUUGCAUAAGUUACAGCAUUCCCGGAGGAUGUCUCUUUUUGGGACAACAUAUUGAUAUGCUGAUAUUGCACCAUGACUGAUAUAUGUCAGUAUAUGCUGAUGCUGCACUAUGGAAUUCCUGUAGUGCUGAGUUUUAAGGGAAUGUCCCUGGUCUGUCCAUAGCCUUGCCCCUGUGCUGGAGACUGUGAAAUGAAGUAUGGUAAGACUAUUUACUCUGCUGUUCUUGCACUAAGGAAAAUUCUUCCUCAGUCCCUCAUAGCUAGGGCCGUCCCUAAAGGGGAUGAAUCAGGGUGACUGCGCUGGGCUCCACGCUUUUGGGGGCCUUGUGGUCAGUGCUGUAUAGGCCCCGCCACAGCUGCCAUGUGCCGCCACUGCCAAGACCCACUGGCUCUGCCACUGCUGCCAAGGGCUGCUAGCUCUGGCUGCUUGCCACCCCGCCCCCCCAGGCCCUGCACAGGCUGAUAUGCCCCAGACCAGCAUACCCCUAGGGAUGGCUCUGCUUGUAGCUCUCAGCCCGCAUUCACUGUUGGAUAUCACAUAGCCACUAUCUCUGUGCCUAAUACUAUUAUUAUCCUGUCCACUAGGAGCAGCUUUGUCCUUUAUAGUUAGCAAAAAGUAUUCAAUAUCAGAAGAAUGAUUUUUCUGUGCUAGACAUUAAAAUCUAGUAGCAGUGUUGCUGCUGUAGCUGUGAUGGUCCAGGGAAUAUGUAAGAUGCCAGAUUUCUAGGGUGAGAUAAUAUCUUUUAUUGGACCAGCUGUGUGGCUAGGACAGAAGUUACACAAACCUUUUCCUCAGAUCUGGGAAAGAAGCAGAUACAACCCAAGCUAAAUACCAGGUAGAAAAACUGCUCUCAUUUAACCUUGUUACAUUAAUGAAUAUGAUCCUUUAAAACAGUGGUCUCCAACCUUUUUAUGGUAAAGAUCACUUUUUGGCACCCCAGGAUCUAUCUGGGCCUGGCUCACCUCAACUCCCUCCCGAUCCCUGCCAAGCCCUAGCCCCAGCCCCAGCCCCAGCCCCAGCCCCAGCCCCAUUCCCUCUCCCCCACCCACUGCCUCUCUCCCUGCAGACUUUCUACGGGGGGGGGGGAGGGGGCACAUGCUCAGCCCCCCUGCCCUGCCGCCCCCCCCCGCCCCAUUUUCUUCUCCCUCUGCCUAUGGUUAUAUGUGAGAAAAUGUAGUGGUCAGUUCUGUUAGAUGGUGUGGCUGUUUAGCCUUAGGUAGGCUGAAUUUGUGCACAAAGACUCAGGCCUUUCCCUUACCAGCAUAUUUCUGUGCUGCUUCCCUGAAGUGAAUGUGACUUAUGAGGUACUGAAAUCCCUCUAUCAAUUACAAUUUGUACAUAAUUUUGUAAAGACUUUGUGAUCCUUUCUUACUAUGAAGAGAACAGUCACCUUUUGAGGUCCAGAUUCUGGUACCCUUCCUCAAAAUGGAUGGGUGGUAUUUUGGACCAAGAGUGGCUCUGUUAUGUUCCACAGAAUCACUAGUGAAGUACAGCUUAAUGUGAAUCAAGAUUGCAGAAUCUGCCCUACUGUUUGUAAAAAAGGGAUUCAUGUUAAGUUUAUGGUCACCAUGUUACUGGCAAUGAAUUCUCUGGAGAUUGUUUAAAGGACUAUCCCACGAUAAGCAGAGAGAGGGAGUUUGCUUUGUUAUUUUGAAGUCAGGAAGAAGGCAGGGUGUGCAUGAAUUCACUUAAUCAGAUGAUGAUACACUGAUAAAGUGCUGAUAAUGUGAACUCAGGCUCACAGAAGCUUAUGCAUGUCUGAUUUAGUUAGUCCAUAAGGUGCAUCUCAGCCCUGCCUUCUGACUUCCCAACAUGAACACCGUUUCCUCCCCAUAUAUUUGUGUGGUUCUAGCAGCUUAUGGAAAUAUGGAUUCCCAUCAUUACUUCCAUUUAAAAUAAUAUUGCCACUAUGUUAUGUUCAGAAUAUAACAGGUGUUUGUCUAGGACUCUAUAUUAUUAAUAUUAUUGUGGCUAGUUGGCUAAAUUGUUUGAGAUAUUCAUUACUGAAGGCUAGCAAAUGGUCUCAAUUUAAAUAGUUCAGCUGCCCUUUUUGCAUUAUCUGAAGGAAUGGUUUUGACUGAUAUAUCCUACUUUCAUCACAAUUAUUUAAGUUAUAUUUUGAUUUCUUUUUUUAGUUCUAUACACUUGAUAAAUCUGCUCUGAACAGUAAUAAGUGAAAGAUAUUAUUAGAGACUAAAACAUUAAGUUACAUUAUUACAAAAACCAUAAGAAAAUAAUUGAUCACAGGUAUAUCAAAUUCAUUAGUUUAAAAACUAACACUUGACAAUUUUGGUAUUAGCCAAAUGAAAAGAACUCUUGCAGUUUAAGUCACUGAUAAUGGUUUUAGCAACAUUACACUGAACAGUGUACUAAUGAACUUUGCCAAAUUAUUUAUAUUUUGCUAAUAGUGGUCAGUAUGGAAAAUCUGGAAACAUUUAUUAGUAGGCUUGGCAGAAUUCAAUUUUUAUUUUUUAAAUAGUUUUGGUGGCUAAAAGCAGUGUUCAAUUCUAAGCCUUUAUUUCAAUUGUUAUCUAUUUACAUUUUCAGGAUGGUAUGAAAUUAGGGAUGUGGGGUGCAGGCAAUGUAGUAAUGACAGGAUACUGUUAAAAGCUUUAUAAAAUCACACAUCAACAUAUAAAAAGUAAAUAUCCAUAAAUCAAUAAAUCAUAUCUUCUUUAAAUCAUUCUCUUCAUUCAUAAGGAAAGAGCUGGGUGAUCAGGGACGAGAGGAGGAGGGCAGCAGCACUCUUAGAGCUCUGGGAACAUGGCCCUCAGGGCCCACCGCCCUGUUUAGCCAACCCAGCCCAGGCAGGACCCUGCUGCCACUCCCUCUCUGGUCACUCCCCAUCCCCACCUCUUGGCUUUGGGUAGGGGUUUGUUUAAGUAGCCUGUUAUCCCCCUCCAGCCUGCUUCCAAACCUGUGAAUGAGCAGCUAAUUACUUAAUUGAUCAAUCAUUAGGCCACCCCUUGUUUUCCUCUUUAACCCCUACACCCUCUGUCCCGCCAUCUCUUUUGCUCCACUAGCAGUAACAGGGGUAAGGGUUUUACUGUCCCCUUUCUAUAAAUUUUGAUUAUUACCAAUGGAAAUAUUUUUCUGUUGGUCUGUGAGUGUGUGGUCAAACUGACAUGUUUAUCAAUAACAAUCAAAUCCUGCCAAGGCUAUUUAUUGGUUUUGUAAAUACAAAUUAUGCAGUGCUAGACGUAUGAUUUUUUAAAAAAAAAUCUGAUGACAUGCUUCAGAAUGAAUUAUUUAAAGAGCUUACUUGCAGAGGAAGUGCUAUAUUGUAACAUUUUUAUACUCAAUGGUUCAGAAAACAAUCAGAUCAGGACAUUUUGAAUCACUCUAGAAAUUUGAAAGAUACUCUGCUGUCUUUCAGUUUAGCCCUUGGGCCCAUAAAAACAAACAACAAAGCAGACAGUGGAUUACAGUUAAUUAAAAUAUAUUUCAGCAUCCUAAAGUUUCCACUCCCCUCAACACAAGCUCUUUUUAAGAAAAUAAAGUGAUGUUAAUAAAUAAUGUAAAUCCUAAACUCUUUGGACAACUUUUUAUUUCUUUUUUAAAAUUUUGGCUGGGAUUUUCAAAGGUGCCGCAGGGUCCACAUCUCAAGAAUGUGAAUAGGGUUUGUGAAGAGAAAUCUCUUAGGCUCCUCAGAAAGUCCCAGUCUAUAUUUUUGUAAUCAUUCAUUGGCCAUAUGUAAAAACUCAAUGUAGCAAAAGGGCUAAUUAUGUAUAGCAUAUCUGAUGCCACAAAGUAUGAUUGUACUUGCACAGGUAACUUUUUAGUUCUAAUAUAACUAUGCAUGACACUGUUUACAUUAUUUGCAUAGGACAUCUAAAUGUUAAGCUAACAAAAACUGAAUGUCUGAUGAUAUUUUAGUAAAAUAUUUUAUCACAG